AGGAAAUGGCUUUGACGUAUAGUGCGACUGGCGAAAUGCUGUAACGCAGAAUACAAAACCAUGGGAUGUUGAUUCACAGCCAGGUUCGGGCUAAUGAUCUUAUUUCUGGGAAUAAAUAUGGCUCUGAAAGAGAAGUUAGAAGCAGUACUUAAUGUAGCCCUGAGAGUUCCGAGCAUCAUGCUUUUAGAUGUUCUGUACAGAUGGGAUGUCAGCUCCUUCUUUCAGCAAAUUCAGAGGAGUAAUCUGAACACCAACCCACUCUUUCAGUACAAGUAUUUGGCACUCAACAUGCACUAUGUCGGUUACAUACUGAGUGUUGUUCUGCUCACACUACCACGGCAACAUUUGGUCCAGUUGUACCUUUACUUUCUUACAGCGUUACUGCUGUAUGCCGGACAUCAGAUCUCGAGGGAUUAUGUCAGAAGCGAGUUGGAAUCUGGUUAUGAAGGACUGGUGUAUUUGGAACCUCUUUCAAUGAGAAGAUUUACAACAGCUUUAAUAGGACAACUGGUGGUAUGUACUCUGUGCUCCUGUGUUAUGAAGACAAAGCAGAUAUGGUUGUUUUCUGCUCAUAUGCUCCCUCUGCUGGCAAGAUUUUGCUUGGUGCCGCUGGAGACCCUGGUGAUAAUCAACAAAUCAGCCUUGAUAUUCACUGGUUUGGAAGUGUUGUAUUUCUUGGGCUCCAACCUGUUAGUGCCUUACAAGCUGGCAAAAACGGCAUAUCGAGAACUGGUUCAGUUAGUGGAAGUAUAUGGCUUACUGGCUCUUGGUGUGUCUCUCUGGAACCAGCUGGUUGUUCCCGUUCUGUUCAUGGUGUUUUGGCUUGUCCUGUUUGCGUUGCAGAUCUACUCUUACUUCAGUACCCGUGAUCAGCCAACUUCUCGAGAGAGACUUCUCUUCCUCUUCCUUACAAGUAUUGCAGAGUGUUGCAGCACACCAUAUUCCUUGCUAGGUCUGGUAUUUACUGUUUCCUUUGUGGCACUGGGCAUCUUAACUCUCUGCAAGUUCUAUCUGCAAGGGUACAGAGCAUUCAUGAAUGAUCCCACCAUGAACAGGGGGAUGACUGAAGGCAUCACACUUUUGAUCUUGGCAGUGCAGACGGGAUUGAUUGAAUUGCAGGUUGUCCACCGUGCUUUCCUUCUCAGUAUUAUUCUGUUCAUUGUGGUAGCAUCCAUCCUGCAGUCCAUGCUAGAGAUUGCUGACCCUAUUGUCCUGGCACUAGGGGCCUCCAGAGACAAGAGCUGGUGGAAACACUUCCGUGCUGUCAGUUUGUGCCUCUUCCUGUUGGUGUUUCCAGCAUAUAUGGCCUACAUGAUUUGUCAGUUUUUCCAUAUGGACUUCUGGCUCCUUAUCAUCAUUUCAAGCAGCAUCCUAACUUCUUUGCAGGUGUUGGGAACCCUUUUCAUCUAUGUUCUGUUUAUGGUAGAAGAGUUCAGAAAAGAGCCAGUGGAGAACAUGGAUGACAUCAUUUACUAUGUAAAUGGUACUUACCGACUGUUAGAAUUUCUUGUUGCCCUUUGUGUUGUGGCUUAUGGAGUUUCAGAAACCAUUUUUGGAGAGUGGACUGUGAUGGGUUCAAUGAUCAUCUUUAUUCACUCCUACUACAAUGUAUGGCUUCGAGCUCAGCUGGGAUGGAAGAGUUUCCUUCUCCGCAGGGAUGCUGUGAACAAGAUCAAAUCACUCCCAGUUGCUACAGAAGAUCAGUUGGAGAAGCAUAAUGACAUUUGUGCGAUUUGUUAUCAGGAUAUGAAGUCAGCUGUCAUCACACCAUGUAGCCAUUUCUUUCAUGCUGGUUGUCUAAAGAAAUGGCUGUAUGUUCAGGAAACAUGUCCUUUAUGCCACAGCCAACUGAAGAGCCAGACACAAAGGACAGUAGCUGCUGAAGUUGCUCCAAAUGAAGCUCAUCCGCAACAAAAUAUAGAACCAGCUCCUCAGCCUGCUCAAGAACCAGUUGCAGGUCCAGCAGUUGUCCAGGGACCACUUAUACACCCUGAGUGUACAAGUUCAGAUUCCCAGGAGGACCAUGGACGGGAACAGAAUCAAACCUUAGAACCUUGCUUUCAAGAGUGUAGUGCUGGUGAAAGAACAGAACAUUCAGUGAAUAAAGACUCCGUAAGCAUUCAGAGCCAGAGCUCAUCUUUUAAGCUUGAUGAUUGCUUCUCUAUGAAAAGAGAGAAUGCUGAGAAAACAGAAAUCCAUUUUAGGAACAGUCAAGUCCCUUUUUGUGAAGAAGAUCUGGCUUUUUCGCCAGAUCUUUGCAACAGUAAUUCACAACAUUGUACAUUUCAGCAGAAACAGUCUGCUUCACAGCAGGUGGAGAACCCAGAUGUUUGUGGUGGCAAACAGGAAACAUUAACUUUCAAAAUUACCAAGGACUUGUGAAGUUUUUCAUCCCUUACCAUUUUUUUAAAGAUGCAUCAAUGAAUUAGUAAUUUCAGUUAAAGGUAUAUUUUGUGGAUGGUUAUUUCAAAAUAUAUAUGUGCCAAGGUGGCCUGACUACAGACCAGGAAAACUGACUUAAGGCAUGAUUAUUUUUAUGCCUGAUUUUUGAGAACUGUAAACUGACCAAGAGAAUCGGUGGUUAUGAAGGAGUCGUCAAAUUCAAGGGACAUGUAUUUUUUAUUAGAAGCUUGAAGCACGCCUAGCACGCUGCCACAGUCUUGUAGAAGUUUUAGAUAUUUUUAAUUUUUUGUUUGUUUUUGUUAUUUGUUUCUUUUUUUUUUUUGGCCACUGAAUUUGCAUUUAUGUAAUUUAUAGAAAAGCUUGAAUUGAAUAAGGGAGUUCCUGAUAUUUUGCUGUAUAUUCAAAUGUAAUUUGUGAUGCAGGUCCAGCCAAAUGAAGUAACUAAGGCUUUUAUGAACACUUUGAGACUUUAACUUAAAUCAGAGUGGGAUGAGCCUUAGAACACUGAUAAGGGUUUGGUUUUGCUGCUUCACUUUCUGAUCAUGUUAAUUGAUUAUUGAAAUCAAUCAGAUUUAAACAGUGUUCACAUGUGGCAUUAAUUGCACUUUUGAAAAUGAGUACAUUACUGUGUAUGAUCAAAUUCAGCAAAUGCCACUGUUUUAAGCUUUUGAUAACAGUUGCAAAUUUCUUUGACUAGCUUGUGAUACAUUUUAAUUUUUUAUUCACAUGAAACUUUUUGUUUGUUGUGUAUUUUGAUCUGAGGGGAAGUGAAUGCCCAGUCUUGUGAUGCAUUUAAUGAACUGUUUUUGAAAUUGGUUAUCUAUAACUAUCUUAUUAUCUGGGAAUCUCUGAACUGGACACUUUUUAUAAGACUAACAAAAGACAAAAAAUGACUGAAAGUUUAUGAGCCAGGAAUUACAAAUUUGAAUGUCUUAAUAAACUGAAGUUGAAAUUUG